UAAAUAAAACCGAGAGCUGAAGUGACCGUCGUCUAAAAAUCUUUCUUCGAAACGGAGAAACAAAAUCAAACAUCAAAAACUAUACUAAUAGAAAAGAUUUUCCACUCUCAAAAUUCUGCAGAUUCAAACGUCACUCUCUUCUUCUCCAAUAUCCAAUACCCAAAUUCUCCUCUUCCAAAACUCAAAACAUUCCGAUUCCGAUUCCUAUUUCAACCUCUCUUUCAAUUCCCCUUUUUCUCUUCCGAUUUCACUCACUACUUUCCCUGUUCCACUUCUCCGUCUCUUCCUUCCCUCGAGCUUUUCAACCUCAAUUCGCCGCCAUACCUUCUUUUCAGUUCAUCCCCAUUUCUUGACGUUUAGGGUUCUUCGUUGCUGGCUUCGCCAAAACCCUAGUUUUUAUUUUGUCUGAAUUUUUGUUUGAAAUUGGUUUUGUUUUAUGAGUCGCGAUGUCGUAGGAGUUUUCUUUCGAUCUAUGUUGUUUACUAAUGGGCGCUCGAACCAGCAACCGUAAGCGGGAUGAUGAGUGUUCGAGUAUUAAUCGUUGUUAUUCAUCGUUGAGAUCACCGGAUUUUCACGUCCCUAAGAAACGUAAAUUUUCUACUAUGUCUGCGGAUCGGCCGGUUGUUUCAUCCAACUCUACUGUCGCUAGACUCUCUCGGUACCCUGAAGAGACUUCGCAAUUGCGUCGAGAAGUCCAUGGUCCUUGUAGAUUGUUCAAAUUUGGGCUCUCGAGGAGCAUCCAUAGGUUUUGGGAGUCUAAAAAUAGUGAUUUGUCGGAACAGGAUGAGGUGGGAAAUGUCUUGUCGUACAAUUACCAAGUUGCGAAGAGUCGUGCAAUUGGUUCGUUGCGGUCGUUCCCUAAGGAUGUUAUUGAAUUGGAUUCGGACUCGCAAACUGAAAGAGAUGUUUCUGGAGACUUGAAGAACGAAGACGUUGUUGAGGUAAUUGAAGAUGAAAACCAGGAGCAUAGGUCUCGUGAGGUUGUUACAAUGGAGGAAUUGGAUACGAAGGUGAUGGAUGUUCGUCAGCCAUCAUCGUCUUUGGAAGUUGUAGAUUUGACAAAUGACGGUUCUAAAGUUGAAAACGCUGAGAAAAUGCUUGGUGCUUUGUCAUUGAACCCGGAUAUGUCCAGUGUUUUGGCUUACAAAAAGUUGCUUCAGAGUGUGGAAAAGCGAACAUCGAGAUUGAAAAGCUUGGAUUUUGAAAUCGAGUUGAAUGAGAAGCGUCGGUCAAUUCUUCAAUCGCUAACUCCAAAAAAGAAGCCUCUUGAUGAGAUUCCACAGGAGCUUUUUACUCCUCUUACUAAGGAGGAGGAAGCCGAGGUUGAACGUGCGUUCUCGAGUAACCGGAGGAGGGUUUUGGUUGCUCAUGAGAAUUCAAAUAUUGAGAUCACUGGAGAAACUUUGCAAUGUCUAAGACCGGCUGCUUGGUUAAAUGACGAGGUGAUUAAUUUGUAUCUUGAGUUGCUGAAAGAAAGGGAAAGAAGAGAGCCAGAGAAGUAUUUGAAAUGCCAUUUCUUUAAUACCUUCUUCUAUAAAAAGUUAAAUGGAAGGAACGGCUAUGAUUACAGAUCUGUCAAAAGAUGGACCAGCCAAAGGAAGUUAAAAUACGAACUCAUUGAUUGUGAUAAAAUAUUUGUCCCCAUCCAUAGAGAAAUACACUGGUGCCUAGCAGUAAUCAACAAGAAAGAGAAGAAGUUUCAGUAUCUCGAUUCUCUCAAGGGAAUGGAUUCUCGUGUUUUAAAAACAUUGGCAAGGUAUUUUGUAGAUGAGGUGAAGGACAAGAGUGGAAAAGAUAUUGAUGUAAGUUCUUGGGCACAAGAAUUUGUCGAAGACCUUCCCGAACAAGAAAAUGGGUUUGAUUGUGGCAUGUUUAUGAUCAAGUAUGCUGAUUUUUAUAGUAGAGGUUUGAAUCUCUGUUUCAAGCAGGAACAUAUGCCUUACUUCCGUCUUCGAACAGCCAAGGAAAUUUUGAGAUUGAGAGCUAACUGAUUUGAAAAGCGGCCGAGUAACAUGCUCAACCAACUAUGCACGCAAUUGCUCGAAAUUUUCAUCAUGUUGGCAAUUAUAGUUCUGAGAUUUUUCUGCACUUUAUGAGUGGCAGCGGCGUUAAAUUGUACGUUUUGUAUUGGUUUCGGGUACAUUACUGUUGAGGAAAGGGUGGUUGAGUGCAGAAAGUAUACGAGAACUUCCACUUCCGAGAACUAAUAAUGUGCUGAACCAUGUAAAUUUGGUAAGUUUAGAAAAGUAUACACAUCCCCACAUAAGUGGUUUAGUGAGAUUCAUUACGACCUAUGUGUUAUUGAAUUAUUUCUCUUUUUUCUUUUUUCUAUUUUUGUGUAUUAAGUUUGAUGAAAAUGUUUGUAAAGAUUAGAGAGUAUCCGUAGAAGGGCAAGGCCGGCCGCUUCUUGAAACAAAGGUUCGUUCAUUA